UCGAGAAUGUUAUUCACCAUUACUAUUUGACAUGAGCCUGAGUAUGUACGACGAAAGCGUUACUCAUGUUCGGACAAAAUAUAACUUCGAGAAGUGUUUCCUGACAAAUGCUUUUCUUAUUUUUCUUUGAUAUGCGAUCGUUUAGUUGACAGUUUUUAAAUAUAAGUGGUGUUUUCGGUGUGUUUAUAAUCUUAACACUAAAAUGAGCGCUCCGAUAAUCAUAACUGUGCCUAAUAAUUAUCUGGCGGUGGACGAUGUGGAGUCGAAGGUGGUUCUCGAUGUGUCUCCUAGUCCACCGUCCAGGAAAAGGAGGCUGGACCAUCUAACAUGGGAAGAAAAGAUGCAAAGGAAGAAACUCAAGAACAGAGUUGCAGCUCAGACAUCGCGGGACCGGAAGAAGGCGAAGAUGGAUGAAAUGGAGGGUCGUAUCAAGCACUUCAUGGACUUAAACGAGCGGCUUCUUGGUGAGGUGGAGAACUUAAAGGCGAUGAACGAGCGGCUUCUGAGUGAGAACUCAGCCCUGCGCGAGGCGGCGAGGAGCGUCGCGGUGGCCCCGAGACCAGCAGAGUCUCAUCCUCAGCAGAAGGUGGGGCCCCUGUCGGCACUCAACGCGGCUCGUCUAGUGAUGCUGAUGUAUGUGCUCUCUCAGAACUCCUGCAACACUUGGACUCCCCCGAGUAUUUGGACACCCUCCACCAACUUGCAGAUCAAUUACUCCAAGAAAUUGAUGGAAAAACUGCAGGAGAAGCUGCCGAUGAUAAAGCCAGCAGCAAUAGACAUUGUCCUGAAAGAAAUGAAGUGGUGGGGUCCACAGCAGAACAAUUGGAAUCCUGUCAAAGUAGAGACAUAGACACUCUCAAGCAUGAUAUAGACAGGAUACUGUUACAGCACUCAUAUGCACAUCCCUAUCCUAAGACAGACACUAUUAAAGAAGAAAACGGGGACAAGGGUGACUUAUUCUAUGCAAGCUAUGAAGCAAAUGAUUGUGUGACAAUUGAAGUUCCUUGCGAGGAACAAACAGAAGAAUCGGCUCCAAUAAAAUUGGACACUGAUUUUAAUAAAUUUACGGACGACUGUUUGGAUGUCACAUUGGAAUCUGAUAUGAAGUUAUUGUCACCUCUGCCUAUGUCAAUAAAAUCUGUGGAUGAAAAUGUAUUGGCAGUGUCCCCGUCACACAGUAACUUGAGCUCUGACAUGGGCUACGAGUCACUCUCCUCCCCGCUCAGUGAACCCGAGUCUAUGGAUCUGUCAGAUUUUUGGUGUGAAUCAUUCCCGGAACUGUUCCCGGACCUGGUGUAAGAGAACUCUGAUCUGUUAUUCUCGCCAAAGACUGACUAGUUGUAGCCACAUGAAUCAUUUAAGUUUUGUUAUAAGUGAAACAAAUGACAAAUUAGUUGUAAAGAAAUAUUUAAACUGUAUUUAAUUUCGUGUUUAAGUUUCAUAGAUUAUAUAUUAGUGUAGGGAUGUGUAGUUAUGUGCUGUAAAUAAAUAUUGUUGAAUGUCGUA